AUGAUUGGCAAUGCAGCCAUGUUUUUGUCUAGAACACUUGGACGAACACUCUUUGCUGCUGCUGCUAGAUCAAAACAUUAUGCCACUACAGCUGCUGCUGGUGGCGGAGAAGUACGCAACCCCCUUCAAGAGUUCUUUGAGGCAGACAGGAGCCCUGAUGAUGACAAACCUGUUGUUUAUGGUCGGAGUUGGAAGGCUUGCGAACUGCGCCUGAAAUCUUGGGAUGACCUUCAUAAGUUGUGGUAUGUGUUGUUAAAAGAGAAGAACAUGUUGAUGACUCAGCGUCAAAUGCUUAAUGCACAGAACCUACGUUUUCCUAACCCAGAGCGCAUCCCUAAGGUGAGGAAGUCAAUGUGUCGCAUCAAGCACGUACUUACCGAGAGAGCAAUUGAAGAACCAGAUCCCAGGAGGUCUGCUGAGAUGAAGAGAAUGAUAAAUGCUCUUUAA